AUGCGCAAGUUGCGCUGCAGCAAGUCGACAAUUGUAAGUCGAUCACCAGCGGGAUCUGGCAUUCGAGGGUCAUGUUUGUUGACAUACACACCCGACGCAGUGAAAUACUUUCUUUUGUCCGCUCCUGUCGACUGGCAACCCGAUCAGCUCAUUCGACGAUUUCUCCUCCCCACGGGCGACUACGUGUCUUGUGUCCUCUGGAAUAACCUCUUUCACAUGUCCGGCACGGACAUCGUGCGAUGUCUCGCCUUUCGAUUCCAGGCUUUUGGCCGCCCCGUGAAGAACUCCAAGAAGUUUGAGGAAGGGAUUUUCUCGGAUCUGCGAAAUCUCAAGGCUGGCACCGAUGCCACUCUGGAGGAGCCCAAGAGCGCGUUCUUGGAUUUUAUGUACAAGAACAACUGCAUCCGGACCCAGAAGAAGCAAAAGGUGUUUUACUGGUAUAGCGUGCCUCAUGACCGACUAUUCCUUGAUGCGCUCGAACGCGACCUGAAGCGCGAGAAGAUGAACCAGGAGGCGACCACCGUUGCCGUCAGCGAACCGGCUUUAUCCUUCGAAUUCGACUCGUCCCAGUCCUUGUACGAGCAGUUGACCAAGGCACAACAGGCAAAUUCGUCCUCGUUUGCUGCCCACGCAAGUACGACUUAUGGCCAGCCCACCUCUCCCGUUCGGACCGUUGACGCAAUGCCUCCUCCCCAGAUGGCUCCGCCGACGAUGCCUCUCCUGCAGGACGACUCUGGUAGCCAGGUCAUGUACAACAACUCGCCGAUGCCCCUUUCGAACAACCUGGUCCAGGGAAUAAUUAAGCGCGAACAAGAUUAUGGCACCACCAUUCAGUACGACCGCAAUGGUAUGCCUAUUCCUCGCAUUCACCAGCGUCAUUCUUCCAUGCCGACUUUCUACGAGUACUCCCCGGCGCCGUCCUUUGUUUCGUCUCAGUAUGAGGAUUACAGCAACCGUGGAUUGUCCUUUGAACCCGUUACUCCUCCGCAGCACACGGUCGGACUAGGGGCUGAGCCAGCAUACAUUGCCAACGAAGAUACGGGUCUUUACACGGCUGUCCCCGACAUGUCACAAGGAUCUGGAUACCACGGAAUGAUGCAGCUCCCGCCGUCCCAUCUGUCUGGCGGCCAAUACUCCGCGCCUCGGUCCUUCUCGUCCAAUGUAUACUCUGCCGUCGAAGGAUCCCCGACCUACAAGCAGCGGAGACGACGAUCAUCUAUCCCUCCCUCAGUCGCUCAUGCUGCUGCGGCAGCCCAGGCUCAGUCUGCGACGCCGCCUUCACAGCCGGGCACCUAUGCUGCGCACAAGCCCAGUGAUCUCCGCCGAUCUGUCUCAAAUUCGGUGGGGCCUUCUGGCGAGGACGAGGCCAACCAAGAUCUAGCGCGCACGUAUCCGAGUGCCAUGCUCCCGCAAAAGGACUUACUCCAGGAAAUGUCGCGUCAUGGAACCCCGCUGCAGAAUCUCGAGGACAACAGCGCCGAGCAGCACGGCUUGCCCCUGUCGAACCCGCCGGAUGACUUGACCGCUCUUCCAACGAGCGCAGCCUUACAAAACACCGUCCAAAAUAGCACGACCAGCCGCGGGGAUCGCUCGGGCCCCGGGCCAACCCGUCGCGCCAGGAGUGCUACAAUGAUGGAGUUGGGGCCGUAUCCGCAGAAAUCGCACUCGUGUCCGAUUCCGUCAUGUGGGCGUCUCUUCAAGCGGUUGGAACAUCUCAAAAGGUAA